GUGGAAAUUGUUUCGCGCCUUGGGCUGUGCAAAAAAAAACCAAAAAAAAAACCCAUUGCCUAACAUGGUAGUCGACACGGCAUAUUACGACGUCCUCGGCGUUCAGCCGACUGCGACCGACCUGGAGAUCAAGAAGGCGUAUCGCAAGAUGGCCAUGGUGCACCAUCCAGACAAGAACCCAGACGAUCCUACCGCCCACGAAAAGUUCCAGGCUAUCGGCGAGGCCUACCAGGUCCUUUCCGAUUCUGACCUGCGCAAGGCCUACGAUAAGUUCGGCAAGGACCACGCAAAACCGCAGGAGGGCUUCGCCGACCCUUCCGAGUUCUUCACCAGCAUUUUUGGAGGUGACGCCUUCGUUGACUGGAUCGGCGAGAUCGGCUUGAUGAAGGACCUGACCACCACCAUGGACAUCACCAUGUCUCCUGAAGAGGAGGAGGAGCUGGCGGCAGCAGCAGCCGCCGCCGAUGCCGAUGGCGAGUUCCCGGGAACGGAGAGCGCCACCAAGGAGAGCAUGAAGACAGCAGGGACCGAGGCGGAAGACAAGACACCUGCGCCGCCCACCGUCACGGUGGAGAACGAAGUGCCCAACGAGAAGCCAUCCGCACCAAGCGCUGCGGCCGCGCCUGGCCUGACAACCCCCGGAACCGAGCCCUCCCGUACCACCUCUCCAGCCCCCAGCGGCACCUCGACGCCCAGGAGGCAAGGCAUCCCUCUCCGGCCUGCUAUUAUGGACCGCCCUUCGGACGAGGUGGCAGGGGCUUCUCAAGGCGACUCAUCUAUACACAAGAAGGACAAGGACAAGAAGAAGACUGGCCUGACUAAGGAGCAGCGAGAGAAACUGGCAGAGUACGAGAGGGAGCGCGCGCGCGUGCGCCAGGAGCGCGUGGAUACCCUCUCCAGGAAACUUCUGGACAGAAUAUCGGUAUGGACAGAGACGGACAAGGGCCGCGACGUCACCAAUGCGUUCCAGGCCAAGAUACGGCUUGAGGUGGAAAACUUGAAGAUGGAGUCCUUCGGUAUCGACAUCCUGCACGCCAUCGGCCAGACAUACCUGUCCAAGGCCACCAACCUGCUCAAGUCGCAGAAGAUGUUCGGCAUCGGCGGCUUCUUCGGCCGAAUGAAGGACAAGGGCACCAUCGUCAAGGAGACGUGGAACACCAUCUCCAGCGCCAUCGACGCGCAGCAGACAAUGGAAGAGAUGAGCCGGAUGGAGGAGCAGGGCGGCGAAGACUGGACAGAUGAGAGGAAGAUGGAAUACGAGAGGCGGGUGACGGGCAAAAUCCUGAAUGCAGCCUGGCGCGGCAGCAAGUUUGAGAUCCAGAGCGUCCUGCGCGAUGUUUGCGACACCGUGCUGAACGACAAGAAGGUGUCUUUGAACAAGCGGCUGGAGCGGGCACAGGCUAUGGUCAUCAUCGGCGAGAUCUGCGCAAAGGCACAGAGAAGUCCCGAGGAGGAAGGAGACUUCAUGGCAUUUGAACAGCUGGUAGCGGAGGCAACGAUCAAGAAGGAGAAAGAGAAGGAGAAGGAGGAGCGCAAGAAGAAGCACAAGUCCUCGCAGCGGAAAGCAAGCCCUGAACCGGCGAGCGAAUCCUAA